GUCAGUGUCAAACUCAAAAGUGUUUGUGUAGGAUAUUUUCGUAAAAUAUCGACAUAAAGUAAUAAAAUACAAUGGCAUAUUUAACUCAACCAGAUUAUGUUAAAUAUAUAUGUUCUUGUGGGCAAUUAAAACCUAUAACAAGCUUGUAUUUCUGCCGGCAUUGCUUAAAAAUCCGAUGCGGUUUUUGCAUCUGUCAUGAGGUGGACUCACAUUACUGUGCAAACUGUCUGGAAAACAUGCCAUCUUCCGAAGCCAGGCUGAAAAAAAAUCGUUGCACUAGCUGCUUUGACUGUCCCAGUUGUUUCCACACUCUGUCUAUAAGGGCGACAUUAGUUCAGCCCCGACAGGCCUCUACGGAGGCCAGUGGAGAUGCUAAAGUUGAAAAUAAGCAGGCAAAGAAGAUGUAUUAUCUGUCAUGCUUUAAUUGCCGCUGGACGUCGAGGGACGUCGGCAUUCCUGAUCAGCCUGUUGCAUCUGGAGGUUGGCCGGAAAGGACAAACCCAUUCACAACACGCAUGAACCAACUCCUGGAAUACUAUAAGGCUAUAGCGUUACAGGAGAAGCAAGAAAAACUAGAGAGGGAGAGAAAGAAGUUUGCGAUUAGAGGAAAAUAUAUCACUCUCACUGAUAAAACAGGUCUGACUGGCGCCAUGGCUCGCAACAUAGCAGGUCUGCCUUCGACUGAUGGUGGCUCGUCGUCUGCUAUCGCCAACUUCGUCGCCAGCCAGGCCAGCGAGGAGGUGGAGGAGCUCCCUGAGGAUGUAUACACCAAGGAGGUUAAUUUGAAACAGAUAACGAGCAUGGCGCAGCGGCUGGCGUCGCCGGAGUGGCAGCCGGCGGAGGUGUCGCGCCUGCACCCGCUCGCCAAGCUGCUCAGCGUCAAGCGCAGCCAGCGCUGCCGGGCCUGCGACCACAACCUCACCAAGCCAGAGUACAACCCCGGCUCCAUCAAGUUUAAGAUCGAACUGCUGGCCUAUUACCACGUGCCAGAGGUGAAGAUAAUCUCACACGAGUCGAUGAAGCCCGGCGAGAAGGCGGCGCUGCUGGUGAAGCUGACGAACCCAACUGGCCACGAGAUGACCAUCAAGCUUCUGCAACCGGAGGACGUGCCCAUAGUCGAGGAGGAAGAGCAGAAGAGCAUCGAAAAAUCAUUAGAGAAGAGCUUGAAUUUGGAGAAGGAUUCGUACUCGUGGCGCGCCAUCUGCCGGCCGGCGUCGUACUCCGCGCUGUGCCGCGUGCGGGAAGUGACGCGCGACUUCACACUCGCGCAACGAGACGAUGCGGCUGAGUAUGACGAUGACGCAAGACAUGACGCCGACGACGUAAUCGUAUGGCGCAAGUCGAACAAGCUAGCGCUACGGCUGGAGGUGGAAACGGAGGCGUCGGCCGCCAGCGGAGCCCCGGCCCGCGCCGCGCUGGCGCUGCAGUACUCCUACCGCAACACCGUGCCGCCCGCCGGCAACCAGCCCCACCAGCGGAACCACACGCUCUACACCACCGUGCUGCUCGACCUCGGACACGUCAUAUAAACACCUAACUUCGUUUGGGGUAAAUGCACUGAAAUUACCCCAAUUUGGGGUAAAGUUACAUCAAUUGUUAAAGGCAACUUUUCUAUCUGCCAAUGUCAAUAAAAAUCUUCGAUAGAAUCCCAAGGAUAAAUCAAUCAAAAUAAGUCAUUUGUAAGCAUGUCAAGAAGUCCUUUGAAGUUUAGACCUUCAACACAAGACUUUUAGAAUAAGGCUCGAAUUAUAUGUGACUGUUGAUAUUAAUAAAAAAACAUGAAUAGCUCUCUAUCUUCUUAUAUAGAGAACUAAUUUACUGUAACUACAUGCUUCAAAAUAUUAACCAACGAAUCAGCCAGCACUCAAAUUAUCAUACAUGAUUAUAAUCAUCGCAAAUGUACAUUCAAUACUUUAUAAAUAAUAUUAAAGUUGCUUUUCGACUGAAAAAUAUAUUCAAUAACAUUAGGUUAGUGGAUAUUAAAUUUUGUUGGUAAGCAACACCUUUUUUUUAUUCCCGAAAGUGCGUCGAUGAACUCCCGGAACUGUUAUGAGAUUAUAACAACUCAGAGAGAGGAGGGCAGUGCUAUGCAGUAUAGAAAAACUUAAUAUUUUUUGUACUAGGCAGUGGCUCAACUGUGCCCGUGCUAUUGGCGACAUCCAUCAGGUGAGCCGUUGGCUAAUUUACCUUUGGUGGCAAUAAAAAAACAAAGUUCUCAUAUUGCUACUGUUAUUGGCAAGUAUUUAUCAGGAGAGAAAUAUGCAAGUUCCGACCUUCAGUUAUAUAAAAAUAUAUAAACAGAAUAAAAGAGUGUCUAGGAUACAGCGCACUGGUUUCAAUGGUUAGGAAGGUUAAGAGGCAUUGGUUUAUGAACCUGAGUUUUCAUAAUUGUCUCAUUUAUGAUAUAAUAAUGCUAGUGGGGUUAUGAACUCCUAAGUAACCAGGUACAGCUACAUUAUUGCAUUCAACUUAAUUACUUUAUGCAGCUAUUAAAAAUAUUAUGGAUUAGGACCAAUGCUUUUUAAUGAAGAAUAAGUACUAAAUAACUUUACUAUGUCAAAUGAAAUUAAAAAAGAAAUUUCCUUAACGAGUCUAUCGUUUAACUAUUUAUUAUUAGUUUAUUAAUUUAGUAUUAAGUGAAAUUUCUUAUUAAUAUUUUUAAGUUAAAUGAUAAUUAAGAAUUAUGUAAAAAUAUUUCGCUUAUUUAUUCUUAUGUAUAUUAGGCUUGCUUCCAUUACAGAAUGAUAUAAAUAAAAAGAUGUGUCUACUGUCUAGGCACAAUCAUAUUUUCUGUCUGUGUCCUAAAGUGAGGUUUAGUCAACCAAGAAAACUUUCAGAAUUCCACUUUCGCAAUUUUAAUAGGAUUUAUUAUUUGUGAUUAGGCUAUAUACUGAUCAUGCGCUUAUAAACGUAACUUUUGCACGUUUUAGAAUAUUAUGCUAACCAGCAAGUAUUAUGUUUACAGUUAAAGAUGUUUAGUCAAAUAAAUUUAUUUUUCAGCAUUA